UAUUGGCAGUUAUGUCAAAUUCAUUUUCGUCAAUUGCAACGUUCGGUCGAAUUUUUAAAAGAAUUAUGCUACAUUUUAUAAUUUUGUGUGCAUUUUUUAGCUCAGCGUUUGGUUAAAUGACAUUAAAUCGAUAUUAGUACAAAAGAUACAGCAAAUACGAUUAAGUGAAAAUUAUUUACACUUUAAUAUAGCCUCAAGUUACUGCAGGCCAUCUGAAAUUUAGUGCGCGGUAAAAGUUUCACCUGGAACUCUACGAUCGUAUAAUGGAAAAAGAGGAGACUGCAACAGUGCAGUACCAUCACAGCGAUUAUAAGACACCCAAAAAGUCAUCUAUUAUAAUUGAUGGCGAACGCUUAUUGGAUAAGAUUAAUAUAUUAACGACAAGACCAGAAAAUCAGUCUUGCACAAAGCUUCCAACAAUAAAGGACUUUGUUAUUAUUAAACCAAUAAGUCGAGGUGCAUUUGGAAAAGUUUUCCUUGGAUAUAAAAAUAAUGAUCCAAAUCGCUUAUAUGCUAUCAAGGUUAUGCGUAAGUCAGAGAUGAUAAAUAAGAAUAUGGUAUCACAAGUCAUUACGGAACGCAAUGCGUUGGCGUUAUCACGUAGUCCGUUUUGUGUUAGUCUUUUUUAUUCGCUACAAUCAGUCUCGUACGUCUACUUAGUUAUGGAAUAUAUGGUGGGUGGUGAUCUUAAGUCACUCCUUACCAUGUAUGGCUACUUUGACGAAACAGUGGCGCGUUUCUAUGUUGCAGAAGUUGCGCUUGCGUUGCAAUAUUUACACGAACAUGGCAUUGUGCAUCGCGAUAUAAAGCCAGAUAAUAUGUUGUUAUCAGCGACUGGUCACGUUAAAUUGACUGAUUUCGGUUUAAGCAAAAUUGACAAUCGUAGAGAUUUGGAAAUUUCGGAUCUAAUAAAUAUUUCGCCUACUCUAAAUACACGCACGCCGGGUCAGUUACUCUCGCUUACGUCACAUUUAUCCUUCGGCUCAGAGAAGAAAAUGGAAUGUGGCACAGGAAUUUCCAAUCUCAUGAAUGCCAUGAAUAAACGCAAUAUGAUAACUGAGUCUUCAGAUAGUGAGGCAGACACAUCAUUGAAUGAAGCCGAACAUACAAAUGAUAGCAAAAUUUCAGGCGUAUCACCGUUCUUUUCCGCCGAAGAGAUUAACGUUUCGGUUUCACACACAUGCACUAUUAAUACACAACUUGCCGACAGCACAUCUUCGUAUCACACGUGCACAUCCACAGAGAUAAGCAAAAACGAUGCGAGUAAUGCUGGCGCAAAUGUUGUCGCUAAUACUAAACACGUUGGUUUUGUCGACAUUAGUAUUGAUCUCAAAGUUGCAGCUGCUGCUGCCCGUGCCAAUUGCAAUGGUUGCAAGCAGGAACAAAGUAUACGUUUAAAAGAGAAUAGUAAAGAUAGUAAGAUUGUAAUUAAAGUGGAUCAGCGGGAGCAAGAAGAAGCUUCAUUUGAGUUUAGCAUGGUGCGAAAGCGUUCCAUGGAUGAGCGUUUGCGUGUUUCUAAAGGCGCCGAAGACUCGGGCGUAUCGAGUCGCAAAAGUGACUACUCACUAUCGCAGAUCAACACGACUACCAGUUCGCUAGAUAAGGCUGAGAAUAUGUUUAUUUCGAAAAAUGAUAUCAGCUGUUCUGAUUACUCGCGCAGCUACAACACGAAUAAUACUAACGAAACCAGCAGUAUGCGUUCACCAUUUCGCAACCUUUCGAAAAAUUUCAAACGUCCUGAAUUUCUAAGGGGUAUGAAACGUAAGCUAAAUCUUUUAAAUCGUUCGGAGACCUCAUCCAAUUUGGAGACGGACGGUUCGAAUUCGGCAUCGAACUCUGGCAGCACUGGGCUCACACAAGAGAUCGAUAUGCUGGACAUUGGUAGUAGUACGCCGAAAAAGCGUAAAGCAGUUAGUGGCGUACUGAAAAUACGUUCACUCUCCGACGACGAAAUGCCACCGACACUCAAUGAGCAUGUCACCAAUGUGGUAUUCUCGACACCCGUGUCAUCGCAAAAGCUACCACGUCGUGACGGUGGUUUGUUGGGUAAAUUAAAGGCCACACGCUUCGCAUUACCGCUCUCAACAGAUACGAAGAAAAUCGAACCGAUGACAGAGAAGACAUCGUAUCUGAAAAUGGCUGCAGAUGACCCCACCAUGUCACCAAUUAAUUUGGGUAAUAAUGUGCCAAAAACACCGAAAUGCAUAAAUACACCAUUUCGCACACCGAAAUCGGUGCGUCGCGGCAUGGGGCGUCAGUCCUUUGAACGCAUUUUAGGCACACCCGACUACUUGGCGCCGGAAUUGCUGUUGCGGCAGGGACAUGGCCCUGCUGUGGAUUGGUGGGCUCUGGGCGUUUGCUUCUACGAAUUCUUGACCGGCUUGCCACCCUUCAAUGAUGAAACACCACAAAAAGUUUUCGACAACAUUCUAAAUAAAAAUAUUGAAUGGCCACAAGGUGAUGAAGCGCUAUCAGCCGAAGCGAUGGAAGCGGUCGAUCAGUUGUUAACAAUCGAUCCCUUGGAACGCCCUGCCGCCAAAGAGGUGCUGCAAAUGCGCUUCUUCGAGUCCAUAGAUUGGGAGAAUAUUGAAAAUGUUGAGCCGCCGUUUGUGCCAGCGCCUGAUAAUCCCACCGACACGGCAUACUUUGAGGCGCGCAACAAUUUGCAGCAUUUAAAGUUGUCCAAUUUCACGCUCGAAGACUAGUAGCAGGUGUUUUAAGACUGUUUAGUUAGUGGGGGGUCUUUGUAUUAUCAGCUAUAUAGGAUUGACUAUUGAAUAUGCGAGAUAUCGCCACAUGAGAGCCAUAAUCGCAUUGUAAAAAAGCAUUAGUGAAGCAUUACAAGUAUAUUAGUUAAUCUAUAUUAAAAUGAUUAUUUCGUUUUAUUGGUAUAUUUUUUAUUGAUUUCUUUAAUAUUGUUUUUACUGUAUGUAGUUAAUUUAUCUGUUAGACGUCUUGUUUUAUGAGCAUCCUUUCAAACCAGUUAAAUUAUCUGUUUCGUGUAGUAAUAUUUAGUUUUAAUAACGAAUUUAAAGCAAUACUUGGCUGAUGUGUAUCUGUGUCCAAAGUAUAAAAUAACUAAAGAAAUAAUUUUCUAAGAAAAUAAUUGUUAAGUAUCAUAAAAAUAUAUAUGAUUAUUAUUCUAGUAAUCAGUUAAAUAUUAUCAAUUACUUGAUUAUUGUUUUUGCACAUAGAUACGAGUAUAUUAAGAGCCAUACUGACCAAUAUGUAACAUAUCAAAUGUGUCGUUAUUUAAAUUAAUCGCAUACAUGUUAAAUGUCCUCGUUGAAAAAGUCAUUGUUUUACUAUUUAUAAUAUAUUUUCAUAGAUUUAUCUUAAACUCUAUUUAACAUUUUUAUAUAAAUAUUAUGUAACAUAUACAAAUCUAUUACGUAAUAAAAUAUAAUUGCACUG